CACAUGAGAUCAUGAAUGAACUUCGACGUUCAGGUAUGUAGCUGUUUGUUGAAAUGUCCUCUAAAAACAAUCAAACCUGCUAUGAAUAUACAGUCCUGUGGCUGUUCUGGGGUCUCUUAAUUUAAAAGCAUACCUGUGAUGGUCAAGUUUUAGUCAGUGAUAAUAGAUACUGGACUCUACUCUGACACUGCCACACCUCACAUAUGACGGUUUCAGCCUGACAAAGUUCAAAACAAGGCUUCUCUGAUAUUUGUCCAAAUGGAAAAUCUUCCACUUAGAUCUCAAUCCCGAAUCCUCACUCUGCUGGUUUUUCAGUUUCUCCUAACAGACACAUGCAGAGGUCAGGCUCCUGUGUUAAAAGUGGGAGCACUUGGUGCUGACAUCAGUUUACCCUGUCACGUUGACCCCACUGUAUAUGAACCUGACUUUACAUUGGAGUGGACGCGACCUGACCUGAACCCCAGGUUUGUUCUGGUGUGGCGCUCUGGUCAGGAGCUCGUGGAUAAAAAGCAUCAGUCAUUUGUAGGGAGAACAUCCCUGUUUCCUGAUGAGCUGAAACACGGAAACAUUUCACUGAAACUCUCUAAAGUAAAAGUAUCUGACCAGGGCACGUACAGAUGUUUUAUUCCAGCACUGGAAACGAAAUCAGUCAUUCAGCUAGUUGUUGCAUCAGUUAACAUCUCCUUGCCCGUCAUCAGUUUGUCAGGAGUGGAUAAAGACCAGAGUGGAGUGAUAUUAACCUGUGAGUCUGCAGGCUGGUAUCCAGAGCCUGAGCUGCUGUGGUUGGACGCUGAGGGACACCUCCUCUCUGCUGGACCUACAGAGACCCUCAGAGGUCCUGAUGACCUCUAUACUGUCAGCAGCAGAGUGACUGUGGAGAAGAGACACAGCAACAACAUCACCUGCAGAGUCCAACAGAAGAACAUCAACCAGAGCAGAGAGACACACAUACAUGUUCCAGAUGAUUUCUUUGGGCUCACAUGCAGUUCUGCAGUGCCCAUCAUUGUUUGUUUGGCUGUUUGCACCGUUUUAGCAUCAGCAUGUGGUGUGUUUAUGUUUAAAUGGGGACGACACACAAUCAAGACAAGGAGCAACGAGUGGGAUUAUAUGGAGAAGGGAGAAAAACACAUUUACUCCAAAAAGGACGUAAAUCAGGAAGGACAGGAGCAUGAAAAACUAAUGACAGGUGAAUCAGAGCCACUGGAUCCUUCAGUGGGAGGAGAAAAGACAAGCAACCAUUUGUUCAGUGAGAAAGAGGAGGAGGCUGUGGAAGACAUGAUGGAUGAAGAGGAGACGAUUAGAUCUGAGCAAAAACAGCCCUUUUUGAAUCCCUUCAAAACCCUGAACAAUAACCAGCAGAGGAGGGAGGACGCUGUGAGAGAAGUCCCACUUUUAAAGCAGGAGCCAGAGAAUCACAAACAAGCUGAUGAGAAGUGGAGUGAAAAACUGAAGGAGACACAAAAACAGCUGGACAACAAGACAGAGGAGAACGAUCAGCUUAAAAGACACGCGGAUCGUCUAAUGACUUCUAUCAAAGAGAUGCAACAACUGCAAACAGAGCUGGAGGCCAAAGGAAAACAGCUGGAGAGUUAUCAACAGGCCGCUGAGGAUAAGCAGAAGGAAGCCAAUGAAAAACUGAAUAAAGCACACUGUGAAGUGGAGAAGCAGAGAGCUGAGAUCAGUGAGCUGAAGAAAGAAUUGAAUAAGCAGCUCUACAGGGAGCAGCAAAGUCAGGGCAAAACUGAUUCAGAGUUGGAGGAAGUCCUGAAGAAAAACGAAGAGUUGAUGAAGGCGCUGAAGGAGGAAAGGUCCAAAAGGGAGGAAGCAGGGAAAGAAGUGGAAACGUUGAAGACUGAGCUGAAGACCAAGUCUGUGAUCUCUGGAUGUAAUACCUUUACAGUUAUGGCGCUCAGAUCCAUUUGAUCUCUACCUGGUGUGGCUGAACCUGACAUCUGCUGGAGCUCAUGACGACCGUCUGCAGAUCAGCCUCAGCUUAAACACAGUCACAGCCUACAGUACCGCUCUGUAAACACUUAAAUACUCUGUUUCUGAAUCAAAGUGAAACAUUUCUGAAUAUCAAAUUCAACACAUUUUUGUUUUUUGUGUUCUUUUUUUUGUAUUUUUUAUUCUUCGCUUGUUUGUUUGUUUCAUAGAAGAAAGACUUAAAAUUGAUCAUUUUGUACUUUUAUUUUGAAACAUGCAGCUCCCAGCUUCUCACUUUUACGACUGCUGAAUGACAAAUAUCAGGAGACUUCCUUGUUUGAGGACAGGUCAAAGUACUGUAGGCUACAGUCAGCUGAGUUUAACCCUUACAGUGUGUGGUUAUAUCUUUGUUACUCAGUUAAUGUUGGUGGCUCUGCUGGACCUGCUAUAUUAUUGUGUUUUUAAACCAAUACUUUCAUAACAAUUUAUGAAAAAAUGCUUAACUUAUGCCUGCUUUAUCUCAGUUCCAGCUACAGACCACAUGUAAAUCUAUAUUUUGAAUCUAUCACUAUUAGAGCACACUAAUGAACAAAAGAAAACUCAGUCACAUCCAAGGCAACGGGUGGAACAAGCAUGUUUGUCUUCAAUAAAUAUAAAUGAAGAAAGAUUUUUGAGCACUACUGUUUAAUACUUGCAACUGAAAUAGAAAUGUACCACAUUCAUGUCAGUCUAUUCAGCUCAGCCCCACUGGCCUGUUUGUGCCAAUCUAUAAAACAUGUGAGGGACAGUGUCGCUGUGUGUUGCAUUUGUAUUUCUUGCACCUGAUGCCUCUGUAUACUGUGUCUUCCUGUUCAUCUUGGGUCUACAAAUGUUAUGACUCUUAUUUUUAAUAGAUCUGGAACAGACUGAACAGAUUUCCUGAUGUGGAUGAAUUUCUAGAUGGCACCUCAGACGUCCUGCACAUGAGUAAAUGCCAUUUGUGUUGCCCUGGUUGCCACUAUAUUGGCAAAUAUGCAGUGUGCCUCAUUUCUUGGGCAAGACGGCCGUUCGGUUUCAUUAUUUUUUUGAGAUCCAUAUUUCUCCCCACUCUGGCUGCUUACAGGCUUAUAUGGAGCUGAGAUAAUCAUAAUCAGGCACUUAAAAUGUCUUAUUUUUUAUAUUGUUCAAAGGAAAUGACUGAAGGGUGAGGAA